AUGAUGGUGUGCCUUACAAUUUUCCUUGAUAUCUCUUUCCGUAUUUGUUUACCCGUUUUCAAUGCGCACUACAGUAAAAGAAGGAAAGGGGGAUCGGGGAUGCCUAUCCCAACGGUAACCAUGGGGCCAGACCCGAUUUCUGAGCCACUCCUGCAUGACGCCGACAGGGACGAGAUUCCAUUCUGUGUAGCUCGUAAUAUUGGGCGGGAAAUGAGACGUGGGUCCAGCAGCGACAGCGGCAAUCGUUGGAGACAGGUGGAACCCGUGUUGGAGUUACAGAUUGAAACGCUCUCUACGACGUCAGCGGGGUGGUUUCUGAACUCGUGGUAUGGCGCCCUUGUGGUGGCGCUUGUCCUGCAAUCUUUGGUCUCUUUUCAGUGGGGGAUGGUGAAUAUAUGUGACAGCUCAUCGGUAAGCAUUCGCAACCUGGAUUCGUGGAGAAGUUCUUGCGUGGAAAGGUACGAGUAUCAGUCGGCUGACCUUAACUGUUCGGGGACUAAGGUUCUGGUGCAGGCAUGUGAUCCACCGCCACACUCUUCGCAUCGUGCAAUGCUCCCAUCUCUUCUAGGAUGCGGAGCGGUACCGUUAUCAGCACCAUCUUACGCGGAGGACUCACCGGGCCCUAAUCACGACGGGAUGAGCAUGCGGAGUGGAGGCUAUAUUCCAAAGCAACAACAGCAGCGUCUUUUCAACCUACGGUGGGUAGACCGAAACGUGAUUGAUAUACCGGCAAGUAAGGCCAACCGCUUUCCGCGCGUCGUUUUCAGUUUAGCAUCGCCGCAGGACGCUAUUUCUGGAGAUAUUCCCUUUAAGACUUAUCAGUUGCAGGUUGUUCUGGAAAAGUUUCCGGUGCAUGCGCCUUCGGAAGGAGAUAUAAAUGUUAACAGUGGUACCAGCCGGCCGGCAACCACUGGCGUGUACCGAUACAACACAACAACCACGUGUUUUCGGACCACACCACGAUGCUCUUCAGUGGUGUUGCCGCAGGAUGUCGUGGUGGUUGGCGGGAAUUCGAGAAUCACAUUAACCAUCAUCGGUGCUGUGGAGGAGCUGGCGUCUGUCGCUUCCAUGUCCUCUGUUGGUAUUGCGUUUCAGCGUUCUUUCUACACCAUCUUUACAAUUGCAUGUCGCUACACCCUCAUUGUGAUCUCCGGUGUUCAUUUGAUCUUCUUUCUUUACCGAAUUCGGCGGACGCAGACAAUCUAUGAGCAUUACUGGGUGACGGCCUUGAACGUGGCACUGAUACUUUACCUUGACCCAUUUUUCGCCGCCGGAGUUGACGACGAAAACGGUGUAGAACUUUAUCGCUUCUUUGAGUACCACAUGCCGAAUUAUUUCAUUGCCUUUUUGAACUGUUUUAUUUUUGCGCUUGUUGGAGCCUCCAUUAACGCUUCUGGGGAGGUAGGAGAGACUAAAAGGAGACUGAAGGGGGAAACCGUUCCAGGGUGUGACGCUCCUGUGCUUGAGGAACCGUCGCCUCGCCCGGGUCGGCCACUAGCGACCGUUCCUCCCGAUAUGCCUCCUUCUUCACCUGGUGGCGAUCCAAGGGAUUUGCAACGAAAGGAAAAAAAUUCAUGGACAAGUGAGGCUCAUGACAGUUCUGUAUUACUUGCCUCCCCUGAUGGGGAUCGUGCGGCACUCGUGCGACGACGUGGUAUGCCUCUGUGGGUUACCGUUUCAAUCACUUACUACUUCGUUAUUCUCGUAGGUCUUGACGUGGGGAGGGCGUUCGUUGAGAAUUGGGAUUGGGGAACCGUUGCGGAUUGUGCUACAUUCUGUUGCCGUUACCUUGCGUCAAUGUUCUACACAAUGCUCCUGUUGCUUGUUUUUGCGUCGAACGUGCUACUUUUAUGGCUCAAACGAAAUCUGGGCAGACAGCCCUACCUAGAGACACGACCACGGCAGCUGGCAUGCCGUGUGUUUAUCUUCGUGUUUGCUAGUGCUAUGGUCUAUUUCGUUGUCCAGGCUGUUCUUAUCGAUCUACUCUACCCUCAUAUUGUGCGGAUUGUCGUCUAUCAGCCAUUCAGUCAGCUCGCCCCCGUGAUGGUUUCAUCUUGCUUUGUGAGUCACAUAACAUUUGUGUACACACCCACCACUGCCUCACGGAGGGUGCCCAUACGGCCAAACAACCCCAUGUGGCGCCGUGUCGUUUGGUCACGGCAGUGGUAUCAGUGGCUUCAGUUUCACGGUGGCAUAUUGUACAUAUUUCACAACGAAGAGCAGGAACGAUACUUCAACUUUUUACAGAACAAGCAGAGGUUGGCGAAAGUCCUUCACCGUCGGUCGGGUCGCGUCCCUGUCGCCACUGAGCACGAGGGUGUAGGGCCCAUUUGCUCCACGGCAGAGUGUGUUUGGAAUGGUGACGGACCACUAGGGACAUACGAUGCGGAGAGCUCUGAUAGUUCAGACUCCAGUGGCGGCGAAAGCAGCUUUUCUUAUAAUAGCAGUCACAAUGAAGAUGAUGAUGUUGCGUCAAGCGGACGUGGUUCGCGGCGUCGCAACUGGUCGCGCAUUCGGAGGGGUGUUUCGACACUGUUCGAACGUGCGGAGUGUCGGUUCGUGGAGAAAUCUGCUUUGCUUCUGGAUUCUCUCGAGGGGGCCAUUCUUGACCCUUUGCAGUCUCUCCAACUUGGUGGCAAUAGGCGUGUGCCCUUUUUUAACCUCGAGGCCGCGAUUGAUUGCCUGAAUCUGUCGUGGGAGGCAUACGCACCUCUGUGUAGUGAUGUAGAUGCUUCGAGGCGAGAUGCUGAUGGCGGGGGGAAUGGCACCUCAUCUUAUUGCGCUGACUGCACUCCCUGUGCGUUUCCCCCAGAGACAAGGGGAGAAGGCGAUAGUGAUAAAAGCACCUUAGACGAGCGGGCAUUUUUAGAAGGGGCUGUGGACAGCAGUGCAGUGACGACCGUCGAUAACAGGCCCAUUGAUGGUGAUUUGCAAUCUUUUACAGUUGCGAGGGAGGGGUCGUCCACCAGUGUGGGACCUGCUAUGUGUACCAAACAAUACGGUUAUAAGCCAAUCGCUGUGUUUGAGGCACUUGAUGUAGUGGCUGUUUGUGCUGUCAUGGACACUGAAUUUUUGCACCAUCGUGGCAAGGUCCCUCGAAUCGUUAUCGCAUUCCGAGGAACAGCAAAUAUGAGCAACGCCAGGGAGAACAUUCGUGUUCGGCAGCGUCCGUGGCGGGAAGUAGACGGUGUCCGGCAGUGGUGGGGCCUCACGAAGCGUGCAAGAGUCCACUCGGGUUUCCUUAACAUUUGGAUCUCACUGAAGCCUGCUGUGCUUCAUACACUUCACAGGUUCUUAAAGGAGAAUUCUUCCACUGUUUACCGUGUGUUUUGCACGGGCCACAGCAUGGGGGGUGCUGUGGCUUGUCUUUGUGCCUACAGUGUGCGGCGUAUGCUGCGGGAGAUAGAAUACCCCUUGGAUGAGGUAACGGUUUACACGUUUGGUCAGCCCCCGAUGGGGAACGCAGCGUUUCAAACCGCUUACGACAAGGCGAUUCCCCGAACGUUUCGUGUUGUAAACGAGAGUGACGCGGUGUCCCUCUUUUCCCUGUUCGGGGGCACGCACGUUGGCACCGAAGUGGAUAUUGACCGCCAUGGCAAUUACAUCUGUAAGCCCAUGUUUAUUGAGAUGUUAUUCAGACCCACGGGAGGGAAGGGAUUUGCUUUAAAAAAUCAUACCCUUGCUGCCUAUGCCCAAUCUCUUAAUGCCGUUGCGGAUCGGAACAGCGGUAGGGAGUGUAAGGUGCGCUGCCUGCAGCCGUAUGUGCGUGAUGUUGUAGACCCAUCACUUAGCGCUCUUUCCAGUGCUGCCGCCAACGUCUCUGUUGAACACCAAGCUGCGAACGUGUAA